AUGGAGCUUCCCAAAUUCACUGUGGGAGAUGAACAAAACCGUGAACAUUCCCCCACGAGGUUAUCGGCAGCCGCUCAGAUAGAUAGAUCAAAUGCUUCCUCACCAAGACGACAAGGUAUUCAAUUAUCCAUACCGAUACAAUCCAGUCCCAUGAAAAAUUAUGAAAUUAAUGAUGGCAGCUCCAUUAAUAAUUCUGUGACGACUCCCAGAAAUAGUUUUGGUUCCGAUUUUGAUCGAACUGGUCAAAUGGAGCAAAAUCAAGAUCUCUUAUAUAAGCUGGCAGCUAAAAAAAGACAAAUAGUAGAAUUGCAACAGGGCUUGGAAUUGGCAAAAAAAGAAUUACAUAUUUUAGAGUCUCGUUAUAAAUUAACUCUAUCACCAGACGCUAAUCCAAACUAUAGUGCGCAUAACGACGGUGCUUACUCUAACUCAUCAACGAAAGCGAAGAACGAAAAAUUACAACCUUGGCAAAAGCGUAUGCAACAGACUCUUGUUGAUGUGAAUAACUCGCCAAAUGUGCUAAAAAGUAAGCAAAGCAUAUCAAGUUUUUUCAAUAAUGACGCUGGCAGUACAAAGCAAUUGAAACAAGAUUUAAAUGAAAACACAGCUAAGCCAACGUUCUUUCAAAGUAUAUUGGACAAAUUUAAUGAAUUCUCAGUGGCUGAGGAAGAAGAAGAGGAAUUUGAUAGAACUCAAAAUCAGCAAAAGGAUAGCUUUUAUUUAAAGGACAAGCUAGAUUACGAUGAGGAAGAAGAAAUUGAAAAUGAAGAAACAGGUCAUACUCUGAUAGGCAAUAAAAGCAGGUCAAAAAAUUUGAUGUAA